CAGCAUAUGCGUACACGGAUCAUUUCUUCUGUACUCCGUGUUCAUUGACUUCCCACUCAUCUCCGUCCCCCCAAAAAAAACUCGAUAUAGAAUAUGAGGUCUGUACCAGCGGACAACUCACAGGUUCAUUUGGUGCUCUAGUCCUCGAUGGCGCAAGUCCCGAGUAUACUGCGCUCAAUGUCUGCUUCGGGAAGACUGUUUUUGGCACUGCGCGAUGCGAUCAGUCUUGUAACCCCCCACUUACUUCCACUACCCACGGGCCAUCUGUCUGCUUCGCUACCAAGGAAUAGCUGCAGCGAACAUGCUUGCCGCAAUGCUAGCAUCAUCUACAAUGAGCCUCCAUCCGUCGACGGCGUCAGCCCCGCAAAUCUCGGCAACCACCAAAGCGCAAAGUCGGAGAUCGGUCGCUGGAUCUUUUCCUACUCCCCCAUGGUCUACGGACAGCUCCUUGCCACAGUCGCCUUCGGACUCGGCUGAAACGGCGACGAGUCUGUAUCCGGGACCGCGCACUUUACAACAACCACGCUCCUCGAAGCGCGAGCGAGCGGCUGACUCGCAUCUUGUUCUCAUCCCCUCGCCUAGUCGACAUCAUGCUUUCUGCGCACACUUUCCCGAGGCCCUCCAUCCGAUACCGACUCUCAUUUCUCACCGGGUGGGCGUUCGGAAGGGCGACUGUUGCGGGCCUCGAAGGCGAGCAGAAGGACGGGGUCAACAAGCGUAUCGACGGACUGAGCGGCGGAUACGGAUCGAUCUUGUUCUGGGAGGACCAGGCCGUCGUCGAGGGCUUCGCGGCGCGUGGUCUGGGGAAUCGAUCGGAAUGCAGGGUCGCGUGGGAUUGCAUGGGGCUAUCUUGUUGCUGCUGGAAGGGCGGGGAUUCGAUCAUGGCCGACUUGGCUUCUGUUGUGCACCAGGUAUGUGUUGUGCGUUCUACGAAAGCAACGGAUAGCAUUGACCACAGCGAUACGAAAGCGGUGCUCGACAAAUAA